AAACGAGUGGGAGACUGAGGGCUGAGGGGGAAACUGCCGUAGAGCCCAGAGCCAGCACCACGAACACCUGUGCCUGGGAACCAGCGAGAAAGCAGAGAGGUUGACCCAAAUCUUUACUAUUAUUUUUCCCACACAACCACAAAGCAGGCGCUGAAGGAUAGGAGGUAUAAAGAGGGGAAAUCUAGGUUGGCCGCUGCUUGAAAUCCAGGUGCAGGACCACCUUGGUGAAGGAAGGCACCACCGGUACCAUUCUCCUUGCCUGUUCCGCUCGCUCUGCAACCAUUCCGUUCCUUUCGCUUCGAUCGCUGCUGUCCCGCCUCCUGAUGCACCCCCAGCGGCCCCUUCCCCAGGCAAUGCCCGCCUCGGUGGGGCAGAACAUCCGAGACGCCUUCGGCUUCGGACGCGACGGCGGUGGCGGCUUCGGACGCGAUGGCGGUGGCGGCGGCGGCGGCUUCGGGCUGGGACGCGGCAAGAACUUUUUCGGCGGGAACUUCGGGUACGGCUUCAUCCAGUCUCUCAAAGAGUGCCUGUACUUUCUGCUGUGCUGCUGGUGCAUCAAGGAAAUCCUGGACUGAGGGAGGAACCCAGCCACAACCCCCCCCCCCCUUCAUAAGUUUACCUCCACCCCCUCGGCUUUCAUACCUGGGCUGCUCCAGUCCUCGCGUAAUGCGGAGUGUCUGAUGCAUUGAAGACUGGAAGGCUCUUUGUGGUUGGGGAAAAAGAUGCAUCAUUUCCUGUUGCCAGUAUUUAAGACGCAAAUAUCUCCCUCCCUCAACGCAUGUCUUCUGCAUAGAUACAUUGUAAACUUCCCAUAUGCGUAAGCCAAGGUCAGGCCAUUGAGUCUGGAGAAGUGGGUGUGUGUGCGAAAACCAGACCCAGAGCUCUCUGACGGUGCUGAAGAAUACUCUUCGUCACUUCAAUCCUUCAGAGAGAAGCGCAAACAGAGAUUUUGCAAAGUUAUAUCCCCACUGAUAGCCUGCAGUUUUGAAACUGAAUGCAGUUUUGGUGAAUUAGAGUGGGAAAGUGAUUUGAUAGGGCAUAGUGAUACUUCAGAUAUGAAUACAAAUAAAUAAAUAAAUACAAAGGUAAGGAUGUAAAAAAAACGUCAGCAUGACACAGUGAUAAAACAUUAGUGUGAAGUAGGUCAUUCACUUCGGCUUCAAGAGCAGCGGCCCGAUGAGUUGAUUUAACUCGACAUCCUGUGGGCAGCUGCAGUAUUGCAUUCUCUGCUCAGGCACCUGCAAAAUUUCCAGAGAAGCUUAUUUGUCAACCUUUUUUCCAGGUUUACCUCUGAGGAGACAAAUUCUGGAUGUCUCAGGACCGUUUCACAACAGUGGCAGUAUUUUGCAGUGAAUGUACGCUUAAAAAAGUAAUGGAAUAAUACAUUUCUGUGAAAGUUUUUCACUUUUCAUACAGGGAACAAUAAAAAUGACACAUGAUUCA